UCGAAGACUCACGCUUCAUUUAUCUCCUCCUCCUGAUUGUCAAAGAACAACCGAGGAGUGGACUUGAUUACGAACCACCAGCAUCUCUAUUCUGCCAUGAGCCGUUUUCAGUGACCAGGAGGCUUGAAGUUUAGCCGCGAAGGAUUUGGCCUCACGUAACUUUGUGCAAAGAGCUCUUCACCCGUUACUAGUUUGUGCUCCAAGCGCCAGGAAAAAUCAUGGUUGUAUGCACCUAUUUCCAACAAGGCCGGUGUAAAUUUGGAGAUCGUUGCAAGUAUGAACAUCCCGGCCAACAGAAUUUAGCUGGCAACCGAUUUGGCGCCCUUGCUGGAGGUGGAGGAAGCUUUGGCAACCGCACGCCAUCAGCGCAGAGCCAACAAACGCCCAACUAUGGUGUAACGGCGGCUGAUAUCAAGCUUGAUUUAUCUGCUGGUAAGGGACGACCAGAGUGGGUUUUUUCUUGCUAUGGGCCCGGCAAAAAUGCCCCCCGACAACUGUUUGGGGGGACUCAACGUGAGCAAAGUUUUGAAGAGCUCCGCCUACGCCACUAUGAGGCCGUUGCGGCUGGAACCCCGGACAAAGCUCUUCAAGAAGCCCAGAAUUUGUAUACUGAGGCAGUUAAACAGAUGGAAGUUAUCUUGAAUGAUCUUGACGGAGCCGUGAAAUACGUUGUUGAGGGAGAAAACGAACAUCCUAAUAGAAUUGACAUUACUGAGGGUAAAACUGGUCCUACUUCCAUCCAAGCCCCCUCCGCGUUCGGUCAACCUUCAGCGUUUGGACAGCCAUCUGCUGGCAGUCAACCCCCCGCAUUUGGUCAGCCUGCGGCCCUAGGUGGUGGCGGAUCGGCCUUUGGCAAGCCUGCUGGGUUUGGUCAACCGUCGUUCGGACAACCAGCUUUUGGUCAGCCAUCCGCUGUCGGACAAGCAUCUGGCUUUGGACAGCCGAGUACUUUAGGCCAGGGAUCUGCGUUUGGAAAGCCAUCUGGACUAGGCGCCCAACCUGCGUUUGGCAAACCUGCAUUUGGACAACCAGGUCUCGGUCAACCAGCUUUUGGUCAACCAUCACUAGGGGCUUCACCUUUUGGACAGCCUUCCGCCACUUCUUCCCCAUUCUCCCAAAUAUCGAACCAAAAUCAAAGCGCAGGUGGAGGCUUUGGUCAACCCUCUGGCCAAGCGGCUGCUUCUCCAUUUGCACAGGUUGCCAGUCAACAACAGCAACCACAACAGCCUCCUGGAUUCGGUCAGCCAUCAACUACCCCAACAACGACAGGUUUUGGCCAGCCUACACCGGCGGCAGCGCCUUUCGGUCAACCACAAGCAGCGGCAAGCCCAUUUGGAAACCCCUCUCAAGCCCCUAGCCCGUUUGGUACAACAACUCAACAAGCUACACCCUCACCCUUUGGGCAGCCAGCUCCCGCGGCUACACCCUUUGCUCAACCUGCACAGCCAGCUCCCACACCCUCUGUAACUGCGGGCACGGGUCCUCCUCCAGUAAUCAGAGUGGAGGACCCGAACGAGCUCAACCCUAUCCCCCCAUUAGCUGGUCAGACCAUUCGCGACCCUAUGACCAAGAAGAUCUCUGCAUGGAAAGGGCAGCCUGUGAAAUACAUAGAUAAUGUGCCUUGCUACCUGCAUCCACAAGAUCGAAAAACAUAUGUCCGUAUCUUCUUCGCGGACGGGCCCCCCGAUGAAGCUAGCCUGCGAGACGCGCAAGGCAAGCCUGACGAAUACACGCCCGAGGUUACAGAGCAGUAUGAGUUUUUUAUCAAGAACGGUUAUUUCAAGGAUGGCAUCAUUCCAAGCUUGCCUCCCAAAACAGAGUGGGUGAGCUUUGACUUUUAGCGUUGCAAGAUAUCAAUGGCUUUCUUUCUUUCUUUCUUUCUUUCUUUCUUUCUUUCUAUCAUGUAUUUCCUUUUGCAAAGUGUACGAUUUCAGAUCCAGUGACCCGUCGAGAUAUGAAUAGAGGAUCUAAGGCGUCUGGGUGGUUACGAUAUCCAUUGAUCCUGGUAGGAGGCGACUCCCAACGCUUAAUUAUACAGAAAUAUACCAACUACAAGUCUACAA